UGCCACCGGCUCAUGCUACCAGUUACGCGUAUCUGUUGUCUGCUUGUCACGUCACUUGUCAGUUCAUAGAUAUUCGUCCUCAAAUCAAGCACUCCAAAAUGCCUAACAGUGCAGAAUUCGAGAAAGCAGCAAAUGAUGCCAGGAACUUGAAGGCAAAGCCAAACGAUCAACAGCUACUAGAGAUAUACGGGUUAUUUAAGCAGGCGACAGUCGGCGACGUGAACACGGAACGGCCAGGAAUGCUGGAUUUCAAAGGAAAGGCGAAGUGGGAUAUCUGGGAAGGCAAGAAAGGAACAGCCACUGGGGAAGCAGAGCAGAAGUACAUCAGUGCUGUGCAGGGUCUCAUAGAGCAGUACGGACUGGAGUGAAUCAACGCUGUAGCCACUCGCAGACAGUAUCUGAAGAAAUGAACUUUUUUAUACCUAAAAAUGACCUAGAGAUUAAUAACGAGUACGAAACUAUAUUAUAUAUACAUCAUUUUGUGAUGUGUAAUGAUGUACACCGUACACACAUUGGCCAUGGCCUAUCGUCGCAAGGUCUGUAUUCACAGGGUGUGGUAAUUUAUAAUAUAUAUAAUCGCGAUGCUUACUUAUUCAGUAAUGUAUAGCAUGGCAUGUGUGAAAGCCUGUACGUGGUUGUGAAAUCUUGGGUGUAAUAUUCAUAAUGCAAUAUGUGAGAAGCAAUGCCUAAAGAAUGCUACUCGUUUCAAGCCAUUACAUAUUUUUGAUUAGCAUCGGAAAGUUAUCUGGAGCAUGCAUUGAACCUGUUUGCAAUAAUGCAAAAUUAAAUAUUUGAUCACAGAUUCAUCAUUCCAGUUGCUUUGCUACGGACUUUUGUCACAUUCCCAUCGUUUAUGUAUGCAACAUUCAGAGAUAGAAGAUUCAACCUGAAGCAGCUUUUUGAUGAGAUUUUUGAUUGGCACACAGUGAAAUAUGCUUCACUCAUGUGCAAUGUUGUUUUAAUAAACUUGUGCUUAAUUGAU